AUGGCUCGGAGACGAAAACUUGUGCAGAAUCUAGUUCAGCAAGAAGCUAGGCAGGAGCUCCCUUCAUCCAACGACGAUGCACCAGCACUGCUUCCGUCUGGGGAGAAUAGCGAGCCCGUUGACGAGGAGAAUCUGGCUUUGGAGUUCCCUGAGAUAGCUGGUAAUACGGGGAUAGUUCCUUCUCUGGUAAAUCAAUCUGCUCCAGAUUUGGGUUCAUCAUCGUGGGCGGAAGAGUUAGAUAUUGAGGAAAUUGAAGUAGAAGCCUCUUUCUGGAAGUCUGCCUUGAUUUGUGUGGUGGUUGGUGCUAAUCCUCCAUUAUCAGUAUUUGAAGGACUCAUCAAUCGAAUUUGGGGAAAGAUAGGGGUUGAACGUGUGGCAAGAAUGAAUACUGGUUUCACUAUGGUCAAAUUCAAAGAUGAAGCAACUCGUGAUUUGGUCCUGGAAUCAGGGGUGAUACAUUUUGACAAGAAGCCAGUAGUUCUUCGGCCUUGGACAAUUGAUAUCGAUUCUUUGAAGUCAAUAAAAUCGGUUCCAGUAUGGAUCAGGCUUCCAGAUCUUGGGUUACAAUACUGGGGAGUUAACUGCUUAAGUGCUCUUGUUAGUACAAUAGGGAAACCUAUAAUGAUUGACAAGAUUACCAAAGAAAGAUUAAUGAUAAAAUUUGCUCGAGUUUUAGUGGACAUGGAGAUUUCUGAAACACUUCCUCAGUAUAUCAGUUAUAUCAAUGAGAGAGGUCAAGCUAUGGAACAACUGAUUGAUUUUAAGUGGCUACCUAGGAAAUGUUCCCAAUGUAAAAAGUUGGGACACACAGCUACUUCUUGCAAAUUUGAGACUGGAGCAGUUUGGAGGAAGAAGGAGGCUCUGAAAGAUCAUGUAGCUGACCCUACUGAACCUAAAGUGAUUGGUAAUAUUUCAGUGGCUAUUCAUACAACUUCAACUCAAGCAUAA